CUCCUAUGAACAACUAAUUAACGCGUUGAUUUUCCCCUCGCGUCCUUGGUAUUUCCCUAUUCUACAUAUGCACGCAGCACACCAAUAUCUUCAUUUCCCACUCCCUCUCUACCCCUUAUAAAAACCUCGCUUCACCUUCAUAAUUUCCAUUACUUCUUGUCUUCUUCACCCCAUUCGAUCAUUUAGCGAUCAUUUAGCAAGUUUUGAUUAUAUAUACUCUAACUUUUACACAACCAUCGCUCCAUUUCAGCCUCCAUAUAUGGCAGAGAGAGAAGAAGCCCACUUAAACGGGGCCUACUACGGCCCCUCAGUCCCGCCCAGCAAAUCCUACCACCGCCCCAGCCGCGGCGGUGGCCCCCUCGGCUGCUGCUGCAGCUGCGUCUUCGGCCUCGUUUUCAAGCUCAUCUUCGCUGCUGUUGUCUUCAUGGGACUAGCCUUCCUCGUCUUCUGGCUCAUAGUCCGCCCCACCAAAGUCAAGUUCCACGUCACCGACGCCACGCUCACCCAAUUCAACUUCUCCACCGAUAGCAACCUGCAUUACAACCUCGCCCUCAACCUCACCAUCAGAAACCCUAACAAGAAGAUCGGCGUUUACUAUGAUCGCAUUGAAGCCAGAGCUCUGUACGAGGGCCAGAGGUUCAGUACGGUUACUCUGACCCCAUUUUACCAAGGCCACAAGACCACAAACAUAUUGAACCCUGUGUUUCAGGGACAGCAAUUGAUUGUUGGAUCUGACUUGCUUGAGGAGUUUAAUGAACAGAAGACUGCUGGGGUUUACAAGAUUGAGAUGAAGCUUUAUCUGAGGAUUCGGUUCAGGUUGGGUAAGAUCAAAACCGGGAAGUUCAAGCCUAGAAUUGAAUGUGACUUGAAGGUUCCUGUGAGUCAGAAUGGGACUUUAGUUGGAACUUUUCAGACUGAGAAGUGUUCAGUUGAUUUCUUCAACUAUCGAUAAGUUAUUUCUGUUAAUUAGUCCACGGCGGAGAAGAGAGCCCUAGCUUCAUUCUUGUGGAUGGUGCAUUGAUACUCCAUUAUGCUUUCUUAUACGGGUUGUGGACUUGUGGGUGUCUUUGAUAUUCUUUAAUUUUUUUAUUCGGCCCUAACAUACGUAUUUACAUUUAUGAUCCUCCAUUUGUUAUUAUAUUACAUUUGCACUCUUUAUAUUACUCAUUAACUAAUUUGUCACUUU